AAAGGGAAAAUUUUUAGACGGUGCUGCUCAUCGCGGAUUUCUUUUUUUUUUCCAUUGGGGCUUGGAUUACGUCAGCGCUUAUGUAAUAUGAAUAUCAUUUGCUGAUGUAAUGCAUGACGUAAGCAAAAUUGAAAAUCCCUUACGUAAUCCAGGUGGCUCUUAAACUCGUAUGGCGUAUCGGAGCAAGUUGAACAUUCACUGGUCAAUAAAAGCUCGUACACCAGGGGUAAAUCAGCCAGACAAAGAUGUCCUUCAAUGCCCUUGACGUUGAUUUGGAAUCGCAGAAGCCAUACAGCGACUCGCCGGAGUUUGACAGAGCAGCAGAGGAGGCUUCUAACGUUCUCCUGGAGGUGAACAACCACCUUGUCACAUUGCACAAGCAGCUCGAGUCUCUCCAUACAAAGAGGAACCUGGCCAACUCUGAGAAGGUUAGUGCGAAGUGUGUGAGCUCCAUGGACCAGUUAGGCUCGUUGUUUAAGAGCUUGGGCCAAUUGGUCAAGGAACUGAACAUUGACGGUGAUUUGAACUCGGCACAGCAGUUUACCAGGGAUAAGAUAACGAGAGAAGCUAAGCACUGUAUGCAAGAGUUUGCAGAUUCACAGGAUGAGUUCACAAGUCUCAGUAAAUCUAUCAAUGCAGAGGCACAAGCUGCGUUGGAUGAGCAGGUGCAAUCUGACGGCUCGCCACUGUUACCAGGGAAAGCGUCGUCCCAGAUGGUUCUGGAGCAGGACGUUAUCAACAACGAGGAGUUUGUCUAUCAGCAGAACCUGAUACGUGAGCGUGAGGAAGAGAUCCAGAAUAUUGAGCAUGGGAUACAAGAGCUGAACGAGAUCUUCAACGACCUGGGUACCAUUGUUCAGGAACAGGGCACCAUGGUUGACAACAUUGAAUCUAACAUCUAUGACAUUUCCAACUCCACCAAAGACGCUGCUGGCCAACUGACAAAGGCUCUGAGAUAUCAGAGAAGAUCAGGGAGAAGGACCAUGUGUCUACUGCUUAUAAUAUGUGUAAUACUGGCUGUUGUGCUGUUGGGAAUCUUUAUUUAAGAGGGUAAGAAAUGACGAAUCAUGAAAUGCUCC